UCCCCCCUUCCCCUCCCCCAUCCCGCCCCUUUCGACUUUUGUCUCCAGGAACGAAGACGCAGAAGAGGAGCUCGUCCAAGCUUACCCACACCCUUCGUAUGCUUCCAUGCCUCUGCUCACCAUUCCGCAUUAAUAAGAAUAAGCCUGCCGAAUCUCUAUCGUCCAACUUUAGCACACUCUACAUCCACAACACAUGGAGCCUCUUCUCUUUUUUGCCAUUGUGCUUGUACACCAAAUGGCUCACUCCUCACUCGAAAGAACUAGACAUCAACAACACCACCACCAACAGGAACAGCCCGCUGAAGGAGCCGGUGCUGUAUCUGUAUUUCUUGUGUUCAAGACACAACAACAGCAACAUCAACAAACAAGUGAGCCGGCUGUCCAUCCAUUUCAUUCUGACUGGCCUCAGUGCUCCAUCAAGACUGUAUACAGCCAAAGAACGGCGAAGAAAAUAAAAAAGACGAGAGAUGAAGACAUGAGCGAGAGCAUUACAAAACAAAAGAGCACAUUUUUUUUUUUUUAUAUCCUCGCCGCCUUCUUCACAGCAGUGAACACGACAGAAACAGAUGAUAGUAGCUCAUUUCGG